UAUGAAAGGAUGGAAAGCGAGUUGCGUAUCAAUCCGGAAAUUGGUUUUGUUUGCUGGGAAAGUUCACUGCAAAUGCCACCGCGUUGUGUAUUUUACCGGUUACAUCAUAUACGUGGCGAUCGCCUGCCAUACGCUGUACUGCAGCAUCUCAUUCAUCUACCACAACCCAGUCUUAGCAAAGAACAACAUUUAACUCAAAAAAUAGAUUGUAUGUGCUUUCCAAAAACAGCCGAUAAUCCGGAAUUAAUCGAGUACCAUUCGGAAAAUUCGAAACGAAAACAUUAUGCGCUGUUGAUUAGGCCAUUCGGAGCAGUUCCUGGGCUACGAUAUCCAGUUAUUCAACUUGUUUAUGGUGGUCCUGGUGUACAGUUGGUCCGGAAUGCUUGGUCCACGUAA